AUGUGUGUUUUUUACUUUGGACUGGAAAAGAGGGAAGAAAAUGGAUAUAGUUUAAUGAUUGGUGUGUUUGAUUGUGUGUAUCGUGUAUAUUAUAACUACGAAUAAAGUUAUCGAAGAGCUGACGUGAUGCACCAGUGAUGGAUAAAAUCUGCAGUUUAGCAGCAUAAAAGUGAUUCUGCUGUGUUGAGAGUGUUAUCCAUAAUGGCAGACGAAGGAGGCGUUAUUCUAACCUCUCCAGCGUCUGGAGUUCAUGGGCGCCACAGUCGAAGAAUAAAAUUAAGUGAUCAGCAGUUGGAAUCAAUAACACGGGAAGAACUCGUAAGAAAUUGGAGAGAACUGGACUCGUACGUCGAUGUACUUGAAUCUCAAGUAGCAAACCAGGAAGCUGAAUUGAAUAAUCUGCGAGAAUCGGAGGAUCGUAUAAGACAGCAACAUAUUGAAUCCUCGCACAGGGAGAAAGUUUUGGUGCGGCGACUUGCCACCAAGGAACAGGAAAUGCAGGAAUAUGCUAAUCAGAUUGCAGAGCUGAAAGCUGCCCAAGCUCCAGGAGCAACGGCUCUGCGCACUGCACUUCUUGAUCCUUCAGUGAAUCUGCUACUUCAGCGGCUGCGCCAGGAACUGCUGUCCACAAGGGCACGCUUAGAAGAGACACAGAAUGAGCUCAGUGCUUGGAAGUUCACACCAGACAGCAAUACUGGUAAAAGGCUAAUGGCCAAAUGCAGGCUUCUUAUCAAGAGAAUGAAGAACUGGGGACGUAUGAUUUCUAGUGGCAGACUUGCAAAACUUGAGGGAGAUUUAGCACUGCAAAAAAGCUUUAGUGAAGAAGUGAAAAAAUCCCAGUCUGAACUAGAUGAAUUUCUUCAAGAUUUGGAUGAAGACGUGGAAGGAAUGCAGGGUACAAUAUAUUUUUUACAACAGGAACUGCGUAAAGCAAAGGAAUCAAAUGCUGCCCUACAGCAAGAGAAUUCUGCUUUGAAAUCUGGUGGAGUGACAACAACAGAGCAUAAUACUGGUUUACGAACAAGUGAGGUGGGAAGGGAAUCGAGGCCACGGACGCCUUUGUGUCAUAAUGGGAUAAGGGAGAAAGGGGAGGAUGACUCUAGAGGUUGGGAUGAGCGGACUCAAGGGUCAGAUAGGCCACUAACCAGGGACACAUCCUCAUCCCAGUCACCAGGUACUGAAAAUGCAGCAGACCGUCCGGCAGGCCGAGAUGGGUCUCAUCCACCACAGCAGCCACCUCCUGAGGAAGACAGUGUGUCUUGUGAUGCUAGGUCCCCAGAAGAUACCCGUCUGUCCCCUCAGCGUAGACCUCAUAGUCAGUAUGAGGAAUCGAACGAUUCAACGAAUGUACAUUCCAGCAUCCCCCCUAGGACGUCUCAGAAUAGUGAGAGGAACUGGCAAAAAGUUAUCGUUGAGCAAGAUGACUCUUCUAGUGACUCAAGUGAAUUAAUACUUAAGAUUGAAUCUGAAGACAUCGCUGAUGAUGAUUUGGAUCCCCAGAGUUCUGAUGCUGGAGCUGAAACCAACAAAGUGGGUAACAGUGUGAAUGAGAGAGACAGGAGUGUGCCCAUUAGUGCAGAUAGGACUGCAGAUCGUAGUGAUGUCAUAAAAGAGCAGUCGAGGGAUGGCAGAGACUCCCCAUCAUCCAGGAAAAGAACAUGUUCAAAUGAUGACAGCAGUAAUGAUAGUGACAAUGUACCAUUGAUAAAAAAAGUACGCCGUGAUUCAGAAAUUUCCCUUCAUUAUAAUGAGGAGGAGGAUGAUGCAGGCCUGACAAAUGGAGAGAGUGGUGUUUCAGGUAGUAGGACUAGUGGGAAGUAAUGCAUAAUUAUUUUGCAUAAUCACAUGUGUAGUAUUUAUCAGCAUAACGUGAUAUGUUUUAUUCCCAGUUUAUUUAAGUGCAGUCUCACAAAUUUUAUAAUAUGUUUUGAACAUCCAGAUUUAUUGUGGUAGAAAGUUGUCAGCUAUAAUUUUGUAUACAGUAUGUGUAAAGUUACAUGCAGAUGUAAAAUAAAAUGUUUUAUGAAUAUUGA